GAGGGAUGGGUGCAGUACUUUGGUCAUCCAAGAUGCUUGCGCUUGGAUCCUGCAGGAGCCUUCAGGAGUGCAGCUGUAGAAGAGUGGUGCGACAAACAUUCCAUUUUUCUUGACAUCAUUCCAGGCGAGGCACAUUGGAAAGUGGGUGUGGUAGAAAAUGCAGUGCGGGGAGCAAAGGAGGUCAUGACCAAGCUGUGCCAAUAUGAUCCGGACAUAUCCGCAGCAGAGGCCUUAGCAGAGGCCAUCACUACCUUCAAUCACAAGGAGAUUGUUCGUGGAUACUCACCAGCUCAGCAUGUUCUAGGCCAAGCUCCCGAUGAGACUGGGAGAUUCAUCCCAUCCAGCAAUCUACCACAUCCUGGUCUUCUUGUUGAGAACCCCAAUGGGGAAGUGGAGAGGAGUGUGAAGCAGCGUGCCGAGGCCGAAAAAGCCUUGAGUGACUGGAAUGCUGGGCAACGCCUCAUGCGAGCAAAGCAUUCGAGGCAUCGGCCGAGCUACGACUACGUUCCAGGCGAGCUGGUAUACUACUGGCGCACCCAAGAUUCGAACAAGGGACGGCGUCAACCAGGAGGCAAACACGGCCGCUUCCUAGGUCCCGCGCGCAUCCUCGCUACGGAAACCCGUCAAGGGGAGGAUGGCAAGGAGGACACCGAGAACCAGGCAGCCGGCGAAGCUCCACGCGAACGCUCACGCUCCCGUGGACGAGGAAGUUCCGAAGCAGCACCUUCUCGGGAACUCCCCAGUGCCUGGUGGAGCACUGUGGCCGAGAGACAUUGGCCAGAGCAGAAGAGUGGCUACUGGGACGACAAAGCUGCCGCAGUAGCUGUGGAGAUCGACAUGCCAGACACACAACGUGGAUGCGACCGAGCUCUUCGAGACCUGGGCGCGUACUUCAUUGGCAGCAUGAAACGGCGGGCCAUUGAGCUUUCAGAACGGAAGAUGUCCCCGGAGGAAAGGGAAUCCUUUCGUGGAGCGAAAGCUAUCGAGGUCCGUAACUUUGUUGCCUCCAAGGCGUUUGAAGUGCUACCCGAUCAUCUCAAACCGGAUCGCAGCCAAGCUAUCGGCAUGAGGUGGAUUCUCACCUGGAAGUUGCGUGAAGACGGGAGUCGGAAGGCAAAGGCCCGUGCAGUGUUAUUAGGCUACCAAGACGAAGCCUACGAGCACCGCUCUACUACCUCCCCAGUAAUGACUCGCCAGACUCGCCAACUUCUUCUCCAACUCGCAGCAUGGAAACGAUGGAAAGUCCAGAAAGGAGACGUGACUGGAGCCUUCCUCCAGUCCAGGCAGUACCCCGACCGCCUCUUCUGCAUCCCCUGCCCCGAAAUCUGCCAAGCUCUUGGCAUACCGGAGGGCAGCGUGACCAAGGUUCAGAAGGCGUGCUACGGAUUGGUGGAUGCCCCUUUGGAGUGGUAUAGGAGGCAUCAGUUGGUAAGCCGCAGCACCGUGGAGACCAUCAUCAAGGCGAACAUCCUCCUCAGCACUGCCAAGUCCAGGCAGAAACAGAAGAUGAAGAUCCACGCCUUCUCCAAGGACGACGAGCUCACCAUGGUGAUGUGGGUGGACGCAGCCAAUGCCAACCGAGUGGAUGGAGGAUCAACCCAGGGACUGUUCCUGGGAAUGACCACCAAGGCCAUGUUGAAGGGCGAGAUCACCCCCGUGACGCCGGUGAGCUGGCACUCUCAGAAGAUCGACAGAGCAUGCAGAUCUCCGGGUGCUGCCGAAGCUCAGGCGGCAGUGAAUGGAGAGGAUGGACUCUACGGAGGGAGACACCAAUGGAGUGAACUCCUCUACGGUGCGGGGGACCUCCACGCUCCCGACGAACUCGUCCUCAAGACAGGUGGCUGCGUGGUCACAGACAGCCGCAACGUCUACGACCGCCUCGUGACGGAAGUCAUGGUGAUCAAGGGUGCCGAGAAGAGGACUAGCAUUGAAUUGCUGGCCAUAAAGGAAUCGCUGGUGGAGGAUGAGAACAUGAUGUCUGCCAAGCGACGCAAAGACUUGGGCCUUGCACCGCUCGAGCACAAGGACUUUCCAAAGGGUUCCCAGGGGGUUGUUAACGAAGGUUCCACAGAGUGA